AUGUCCAUAUGACGAGUUCCCCAAUCACCGCCGGACAUCGUUUUGUGCUACGAUACAGCCUCGAGCAUGUGACACCUGGACCAGUCCAUUUUCUCCUCACUGCCGAUCAAUCUAUGGCUUGCCUUCGACCCAUUUUGACUAGUUGGCUGAAGCAGCUUCCAAAGGUCACACAUCCUGUGCUGGGUCACAUAUUGGAGGAGUCUUUUGACGAUGAUGACUUGCGUGAUGGUAUUGAGUUGGAGGGUUAAGACGCCAAUGUGUGGAGCCAGCUUAAGCAAAUUGGUGAAGAGACAGGCAUUUAUGUUUGUCUUGCCAAUAUGCAGAGAGUCACUACCGGGGGAAAGCCGCACAAGGUAGCUGCCUAUGAGAAAGACUAUUCUGGUAACCGAUAUAAGCGCACUCACCAUAGUUCGUGCAGCAGCGGUGAAGAGACCCUCGAAAAUAAGAUUGGACCCUUCUUUUGCGAAGAUCUACCAUACGAGGUGCCAACCGAGCAUCGAUAUAUGGACGAAGAAAACUUGCUCGAGGCAAACAAUCUCGAUGAAGAUGAUCCCGACGAAGAAAAAGAAGAAUUGAGAGAUAUUAGGAAGACAUAUCAAAGAACAAUCAUCCUCAUGAUGCCCAAAAGCUCGCGGGUCUCGUUCUUGCUGAAGUCCAAAGGCCAACUUUUCUCAAUUAUCUUGCAGCAAUUUCUGAUAUCUCCAACAUGGAAGGCUAAGUGGCACGACGAUAUUUUGCAAAUAUGCAAUAUACUGCUUAAAAGCAUUGAUUGGAAACAUCCCACAGGGCACAUGUACAAUGAAGCGGAUUAUAUUCGACUUAUCAGCGGCGUAUGCAAGUUGGACAAUAGAUCCGUACUCGCACGUGCCUUGCCGUUAGUUUUCCACGACGGAAACGUAUUUAAUGUUGCACAAGCUACGAUUGAGCGGUAUGGAUCGACAUGGCUUGAGAAGUGCCUUGACGAAGCUUUACGCAGUGUGGAUGACCUUUAUGAUCGGGGCCGGAUAAUAGAAGAAGUCACUGCGACGUUACCAAAUCCACUCUUGACUUUCGGGCUUUACCAAUCUUUAUUGUCCUCCUUCCAGCCAAAAACGGAGUACCUCGCCAGCUUUUACGACGCGGAGAUGCUGGCCAGAAUCGCUGUGACAUGGUCACAAGACGAACUGUUGCACACUUGCUGGAUUCCAACAGUCAAGAAAUUCUCUGAUAACACUCGGUUCAUGUUAGAAUUAAUGGGUUCGUCAUUCCGCGACAAGAAACGAGUACUGCAGCAUCUCCCGGAGCCCGUCUUCAAGGAACUUCUACCAGUAAUGGCAAAGCACCUAGAUCCAAUAAAUAAACAGCACCAUUCCGCAAUAGCCGCAAUAUCAUGCCGAAUGCACAGGUUCGGCUUGACCUUGGAACUUGUUGAUAUUAACGCCAAGAUCACCCAGACUGCGAAAUCUUCUGAUCGCCAAGAACUUAUGGACGUCUACGUACCAUUCCUACAAAGAUUGGUGGCGUACUUGAGAGGCUGGAAACUCUUGCACGCUGUCCCGUUUCAGACAAUGUUCCGCAGCAUUCUGAAAUACCUUGUCGACGCUUGUGCAAAGUUGGCUCCCCGCUCUCCACCUGGGACUUGGGAGCGUAUGAAAUAUAGCUGCGGUUGUCGUAAAUGCCAGGUCUUGGACGAAUUUCUGGUUUCGCCCACAAUCACAUUUUUCACGUAUUCUCGCUCCACCCCUGGUCGAGAACAUCUCGAAAAGCGUCUUAAGCAAGCGAAAUUAACUCAAUUUCUUGAGGUCAACACUGAACGCAAUAGCGUCCCAUGGGCAUUGGUGGUACGGAAGACGGACCCAAUGUACGAGAAACAGAGAAUAGAGUGGGAAGUUGCCCGCAACAGAGCUAAGGCUGCAAUUGCGGCGAUGUGUCUCGAAAAUCUUAGAGUGUUGCUAGGAGACGAGUUCGAAUCCAUCAUGACCUUGAAAGCUACGACCCAGGUCAUCAAUCUCGUUAAAGAAGAAGAGGAAGCCGGAGUGUUGGCAAUCAAAACUGAGAGUGGGAUGAAUGCCACAGCGGAGCUCAAGCGCAAGCAACCUCACCCAGAUGCAUUGCAGAAUGGGUCCGCCCAAUUUUCAGAGAACCACUUUGAGUCGAAACGAGUAUGCAGUAAUUCCAGCUCCCCACCACCUCUGCUCUAUCAGAUUCCGGAAUAUCCCGCCAACAGGCUAGGCCCUAGACAUUAGGUCGCUUGAUCGAU